GUUGACUACUGAGGAACAAACUACGGCUCCCAGCAGGUCGCGCGCUGCCGGCGGCUGCAUGUCACUCGCGAGGUUACCAAUCCGAGGUUCCGGGUUUGGGCCACGAAAUGUCGCGAGAUUUGGCGGGCUGGUGGGAGACGCACCUGGCUUAGGGGGCCUAGUAGUGUUAGGUACAUUGUUGUGGGAGAGCUGAGAUUAACCCUGGACUUGAAGGGCCCUUCCUCAAGAAUGACUGGCUCCAAUGAUUAUCUUUAAAAAUAGAAAUUUAUUAAGUUGAAUGCAAGUUGAAUGACUGGGAGGCCCUGAACACUGUUGCCAAAGGACCUCAUGGAGUCUGGGGCAUGCAGUUCCCAAGGGCUUGACACCACUGUAGCCUGUUCAGAACCAGAACCUGUAUCAUCAAUGAAGAAAAAUGUCCAUGUUCUCGUGGGAGUCACUGGGAGUGUGGCUGCCCUAAAGCUGCCUCUUCUGGUUGCUGGCCUUUUAGAGAUUCCAGGGUUGGAUGUGGCAGUAGUGACUACGGAGAGAGCAAAACAUUUCUACAAUCCUUGUGAUGUUCCUGUCACCCUCUACAGUGACACUGAUGAAUGGGAGUUGUGGAAGUGCCGCUCUGACCCUGUCCUGCACAUUGACCUUCGGAGAUGGGCAGACCUCAUGGUGGUCGCUCCUCUUGAUGCUAACACACUGGGAAAGGUGGCCAGUGGCAUCUGUGACAACCUGCUGACCUGUGUUAUCCGGGCCUGGGACCGAGCAAAACCCCUUCUCUUCUGCCCGGCCAUGAACACUGCCAUGUGGGAGCAUCCCGUCACAGCCCAGAAUGUGGAGCAGCUGAAGGGCUUUGGCUAUACUGAAGUUCCCUGUGUGGCCAAGAAACUUGCAUGUGGGGAUGAAGGUUUGGGGGCCAUGGCUGAAGUCUGGACGAUUUUGAGGAAAGUGAAAGAAAUCCUUUUGGAGCGGGACUUGCUACUUCAGAGUUGAGUCAAGAAACAGUUCAUACACCAGUCUGCAUUCAGCCAGUUUUCCAGGAAGAAGAAACAGUAACACUGACAAGACUUUUGCUGUGAGCAGUCCAGUCCUAGGUGGAGUCUGGCCUAAUCUCAGCCUCUGUAGUCAGAAAGUGGCCAGGAUGAACUGGAGUUUCUCAGUCUCAGGUCUGACCUGGGGCCAGUCUAGAACAUUGCUUUCCCGGGAUUGGUGUCUCUUCCCAGGAGCAAACUGGCUACCAGAGCAGGGAUCUAGUGCCAUUGGAAUUUCUUUCUUGACUCCUUUGGGGGUGCAAAUGGCAAUCCUUUCCAGCCACCUUGCUCUAGUAUUGCCUCGGUGUAAGACGGUCACUUUCUCUGAUAGUCGUUUGGAUUGUUUUCCUUGAAUGUGGGAAAGCUCAUGUUUAUCACUUGUGUCUCAUCUGCAUUGGUGGGUUGAGAAAUUGAGAUAAAAGAAUUAUGUGCAUCAUAA